AUCGUAAUAAUAAAUAAAUAAAAAGUAAUCAAAAUAAUAAUAAUAAAAACCACUAUAAAAAUUAAAACCCACUCUACAUUUUCUUCCCUCAUUUCUGAACCUGCAUUUCUUCUUCUUCUUCUUCGUUGGAACUUUUUAUCUCUUCUCUCAAAAUGGCCAAUGCAGCAUCGGGAAUAGCAGUGCAUGAUGAUUGCAAGCUGAAGUUUUUGGAGCUCAAGGCAAAAAGAACCUAUCGCUUUAUUGUGUUUAAGAUCGAGGAGAAACAAAAGCAAGUUGUAGUAGAGAAAGUCGGUGAGCCAACGCAAAGUUACGAGGACUUUGCUAAAAGCCUCCCUUCAGACGAAUGUCGUUAUGCUAUCUAUGAUUUCGACUUCGUUACGGAAGAGAACUGUCAAAAGAGCAGAAUCUUCUUUAUUGCCUGGUCCCCUGAUUCUUCAAGAGUCAGAAGCAAGAUGAUAUACGCAAGCUCCAAAGAUAGAUUCAAGAGAGAGCUGGAUGGCUUUCAGGUCGAGCUCCAAGCCACCGAUCCCACCGAAAUGGGUCUUGAUGUCAUUCGAAGCCGAGUUGGCUGACGCUUAUACUUUUAUUCGAACAUUUGACACAGCCAAUUCUGGUAAAAUAGUAUCCAAUUUCCUUCCACGUCUUCUUUUCAAGGUGAACGAGUGUCUUGGUCCUGUCUUUGUGGUAUAUAAUGUGUUUUGGAUUUAUGUUCUAAAUGGCUUUUUUGCUAAAACGUCUUUUAGUUGUUUGACAACAACAUAAUUUUAUACUUUAGGGAGAUAUUGGAGCAGGAUGGCUAUGAGAUUGAGCUCUGCUCUGUUCUGCUUACUCCAUAGAUUACUACACGAAAGGAGUGAACAUUUGUAUGUGAACAACUAUUGAUGUACUUUUCCUUUGUCUUCUUUAGAAGCCAAAAAGGUAUUAUUUGAUUGGUAGAAAAGUGGACCUUAGACUACAUUUAAUUAAUCAUUGCUAUUUACUAUUUUAAUA